CCCCAACACCCUUCAUUCUUUCUCGCCCUUCUUCGGCUUGCAACCACUGCGAACACUUUCUGGUACCAGAAUUGCCGUCAUGGCCGUGUGCAACUUCACCGGGAACGGGGACAUGUACGGCCUCGGUAUACGCCUUGGAUACUAUCUGCAAUGGUUCAGCGCCAUCUUCGCCGCUUGGAUGGCUCGCUCCGAAGUCAAGGGCCUCCGUUUCUCGAUAGAUGUCUUCGUCGCGGCCUCGUUCCUCGCUCUCAUAAUCCUCACGGUCCGUGACGUAAACAGUUUGGAACCCGUCGAAGUCUACAUAGUGCUAUUACUCAUGUUCGGCGCGUAUCUGGCCUUGGUCCCCAUAUACAUUUGGCGAAUGUGCACUGGAUGCGACCCAUUCUGGGAUCCUACAAGAUAUCCAAUCGUCAAUCCGGGGGCACUUGCAGCGAACCUUAGUUUCAUUCUCCUGAUCGGCGUGCUGGUAUACCAAUAUUGGUUCUGGUUUGCACGGGUGCCGAGUCUGGAUAAGAGGAACUGCCAGGAGUACGGUUUCCUGUUCGGUCAAGUGCGCCUGAACAGCAAAGCUUCCGUCGUAGUCAACGCCCUCCUCUAUGCAUUCCUCGGUCUCAUCUGUCUCUACCUCCUAGCUCUCAAAGUCCAAUACAUGCUAGGCGUGGAUCCCGACGACGGACGUAGGAGGAGGUCUAUCAGCAGACGCGACAAAGAUGCACACAUCAACCUUUUGCGGAACAUGGAAGGGUGGGGGAAGCUUCUUGUGGCUGUAAUCAUCAUGCUUGCGACGGAGCUCACGGUACAGUGGAACGAGAUUCAAGGAGUGAACACCCUCGCUGGCGUCGGUCAGACGAUACCGUUUGUCAUCGGUCUCAUGUCCGCGGUGAGGAUCCUUUACGUCUACUUCUACAAGCAGAAUGCCGACGGCGGAGACUUCUAUAGCGGAGCCGACAGUGGACAGUUGAGUAAACGUCAGCUUCCCUAUGUUCGCACCCCUAUAAGACAUCAACGGGUACAUCCUGCCAGAUCGCAUCACAGUGAUCCUGAGGCGCCUCCGCCGGUGCAUGAGCGCGCACACGCGAGGGAUGGAUAAGGGAAAAGUUACAAUACGUAUAUGGGAAAGGCAGGAAUAUUAUGGGUGUGAUAACUUGGGUUGGCCUGAAUAGAAUCCGCUAUGGUUGAGCCCCCUAUCUAUUUACUCGACAGUAACUUACGAAUCUUAGGAGGGUUACUUCACCGCUAUCGGAACUUGAAAAACUG